AUGUCCAAAUUCUACGACUUAACUCCACUCGAUAGUAAAGGAAACCCAUACCCAUUCUCCGAAUUGAAGGGCAAAGUUGUGCUCAUUGUUAAUGUUGCUUCCAAGUGUGGCUUUACUCCUCAAUACGAAGGGCUUGAGAAAUUGAACAAGGAAUUUGAAGGUAAACCAGUGCAAAUUUUGGGCUUCCCAUGUAACCAAUUCGGUAACCAAGAGCCAGGUUCAAAUGAAGAAAUUGGAUCAUUCUGCAAGCUAAACUAUGGUGUUACAUUCCCUGUAUUAGCCAAGAUUGACGUUAAUGGUAGCAAUGCCUCACCUGUUUACCAGUACUUGAAGAGUCAAAAGUCAGGCUUGUUGGGUUUGACUAGAAUUAAGUGGAAUUUUGAAAAAUUCUUGAUUGACCAGAAUGGAAAUGUCGUGGAGAGGUUUAGUUCGUUGGCCAAACCUGCAGAUAUUGCUCCAAAAAUAGAGCAUUUGUUGAAGAACACCAAGUAG